GUGACAUUGUAGGAGCACGCCUCCGCAUCGGCGGCGGCGGCGUCGAGACGCCGACUGACGUCGGUUAUUUAAGAUAGAUCCGCGAUUUGCAUCGAAUCAGAAAGAAGACGACUCCGGAAUUGCCUGGUGACCUUCGAGUUGACCGAUCGCCUCUUCACGUUCCACGUAAAAUGUCGAUUGUGCCGUUGGUCUUUCGCGAUUGGUGGGACGACAUCGAUCGUCCUAUCUCACGGCUCGCGGAUCAACACUUCGGCACCGGCCUUCAUCGAGAUGACCUGAUCUCGAAUUUUACCUCUGGUCUGGGUUUCAAUCGAGCCCCUUUACGCUCUAUUUUCGGGAACACGUACUACCGACCGUGGAAGAACGUGACGCGUCACAACUCGAGCGGAUCUAGCACGAUCCAGCUAGACAACGAUAAUUUCCAGGUGAUAUUGGACGUACAACAAUUCUCACCGGACGAGAUCACGGUGAAGACGGUCGACAACUACGUUAUUGUCGAGGCCAAGCACGAGGAGAGGCAAGACGAGCACGGCUACAUCAGCAGGCACUUCGUACGCAGAUACGUCCUGCCACCUUCUCACGAUCUCGUCAACGUCACCUCGACCCUCUCCUCGGAUGGUGUACUAACUGUCACGGCGCCCAAAAAGAACGUAACGCCAGCUGGUACGGAAAGAGUUAUCAAUGUUAUUCAAACGGGAAUACCAGCUGCCAAACCGGUUCCCGUCGAAACAACUACAACCACCACUACUACAAACUAAAAAUAUAUUGUCUGAAACUUUCUCCUUCAUUCCGGUUGAUUUUAUUCUUUUAUUUUCUCGAUUUUAUCAUUAAUGUAAUAAAAUAAUUU